AAAAUAAUGCACCGUUUCGUCGUCCAAUCAAAUCAGCGAGCGCUUGUUUUGAAAAAGAAAGAAAAUAAAAAUAUAUUUUACUACAUACAAAGUGGAUAAUGUGAGAGUAUGAGUCUUGCACAUCUGAAGGAACGGCUGAGCCAGAUCUCAAGGAAACGCUCGGAGGAUACCUUCACAUUUGAUAUAACAGAAUGUAAGAAUCUGAAGCAACCAGAGGAGUGGCUUGAGUAUAUACAACAUGUUAGAGACAAUGUGGGGUUUCCAAAUGAUCUUACACAGCACAAAGUGCUCUCAGAACUCUAUGACAAGGCUUUUCAGGAGAUGAGUUCCUCAAAUCAUAAGAGUAAUGAAACAUAUGCUCAGCUGUUUGUUAACUAUGCCAGGCUCAAAAGUACGUAUAUACCAGAAGAUGCUAUAAUGCUGUUUAAUCAAGCUAGAGCUAUUGUGAGAAAGUUUGCAAUGGUUCAUAUAGCCUCAGCACAAUUUGAACUAGAGAGAGAUAACCCAGGCAAAGCAAAGAAGAUUUUGGAAAAAGCAUUAUUGUUUGAAACAAAACCGAAGGAAGACAUAGAAAUUGCACUGAAGAAGUUGAAAGAAGGCGCAAAAGAAAUUUACGUUUCACCACCACGUAGAAAACAUGAUGAUACAGAACAUCUAUCAAGGAAAGGUUCCUCUGGAAGUGAGUCAUCUGAAGAGUUACGUCCCAUGUCACAACUGACUGACAACAUCUCAGCCAACCUGUCAGCUAACUUGUCAUUCAGUGUUCCUCCUGCAAGGAGUCAUUCACAACCAAAAGUAGAGUUAGAGCCACCUCUUCCAUUGAAAGUGGAAACUUCUGUCAAGAAAGGCAUGACAAGAUAUUCUCGUAGUACACCUCUUCUCAACAGUGAAAAAAGGCGUAAUAUAAACAUUGGGCUUCCAGCUCGCGUUAAAAAAAUCAAUUUACCUUUUGAACCAAUGUUGGAUGAAGAAGAAGAAAUGAAUACAAUGGACUGUUUUAAACCCUUAGACAAUACAAAGGGAGUGUCAUUUAGUUCUCACGCCCAUACAUCUGGUUAUCUCUCCAUGACUGCAGACUCAACUAUACCUAUGGAUACAAAACCACCAGAAGUGCCUAAAAUAGAAGUAGUAGAGCAGAAUAUGGUUGAGCCACCGAGGGAUACGCUACCUAAACCUGUGAUUACUCCAAGACUGGAUGUCCAGGAAACACCAAACAAUAAAUGCCUGCCACCUGUCUCAACACCGAUGCCCAAUAUGAAGAUGAUAACAAUAAAUGAUGUACAGUAUGCUGUCCUUGGUGUGAUGGGGAAAGGAGGAUCCAGUAAAGUGUACCAGGUAUUUGACAACAAUCACAAGAUAAAGGCAGUGAAAUGUGUGGAUCUAAACAACACAAAUGACAGUAUUGUAGAGGGGUAUAAGAAUGAAAUUAAAUUGUUAAAGAGACUACAGUACUGCGACCAGGUUAUAAAGAUGUAUGACAGUGAAUAUAAACAGGAUGAGAAUCAGCUAUAUGUGUUGAUGGAAUGUGGUAAUGAGGACCUUGCCUCUUUCUUCAGAAGUCAGACAAAGACAAGGCGACAACUAUCAGAUAACCUGAUAUGUUUCUACUGGGAGAUGAUGCUAGAAGCUGUACAAGCCCUUCAUAAAGAGGGUAUAAUACACUCAGAUUUAAAGCCGGCAAAUUUUUUGCUGGUUGGUGGCAACCUGAAGUUGAUAGAUUUUGGUAUAGCCAAGGCUCUCCAGCAAGACAAAACAAGUGUGAUCCUUGAAACCCCUGUAGGUACCCUCAACUACAUGAGUCCUGAGGCCAUCAUGGACAGCUGUGGGGAUUCACAGGGGGAAGGGAAAAAGAAAUAUAAGAUUGGUGUGAAGAGUGAUGUGUGGUCACUAGGCUGUAUACUAUAUAACAUGGUAUAUGGUAGAACGCCCUUUCAGAAUCUGAAGCAUGAUCUGUUUAAGUUACAGGCUAUAAUAAACCCUGACUUUCCUAUAGAAUUUCCAGAUAUUCCUAAUAAACAUCUCAUAGAUGUGAUGAAGAGAUGUCUAAACAGAGAUCCGAAAGCAAGACCAUCUAUUGAUGAAUUACUGAACCACCCUUACCUUAAAGCCAAUAAACAAGGUACUAGAAAGGAAGAGACAACCCCUCCACAAAGUGAGAAAUUGAUUGACAAGAAGAUGGAAGCUUUUAUAAGUUCCCUAGCCGACCAGUUUGCCCUCUCCCCAGGGGGUAUCAGGAAUCUCUUUCAUAAAACUAUAGUCUCAGAUCAGAAGUCACCCAAUGCCAUGCCAUCACAAAAGAGUCACCAAGGCAAUGGAGGACAAAUGCAUCAUUUUAAUAAACCUGCCAAACCAGUACCAGAAGCUCAAGUAAAACAUCUUCGGACACCACUAUCUAGUUUAAAUCUUAUUGACACUCAGUCAUCUGGACAGGAUGCUGUAAGCAGACAAAGGAAAGCAUCUGGUACAUGACCAAGAUAUCCCACUCCAGGAUAACAACAAAAUAUGCCUAGAAAGCGAUAGAUAUUCCUGCAUAUCUGGAUGAUUUUAUAUAUCGUAGGAAAUCUGAUUCUGUGGACAGAAAGAGAGAAAUGCAUUUAAUUGAUAAUAUAUGAUUAGAAAUCAGAUUUGUGUUGAGAGGUUUUUAAAAAAAAAUCUUGUGAUAUUCUGCUUAUGUCUUUGCGUGUUAAGGUAGAUUUACAUUUAGUUUGACUAAUCAAACAAUUGGGAGAGCUAUUGUACUCAUGUCAGCAUCAGUGCCACAUUUCAGUUGGGUUUUUGGGUGUAAUUGGUAUUCCUAAAUCACUAAAAGAAAUGAGUUGAAACUUCACACUCUUAUUUGAGAUCAAAAUAGGAGGCCUCUGUCCAAGGUCCACAACAUUCUGACAGAAAUUUGGCCCUUUUUGAACAUAGAAAAUUCUCCAUUAUCCAGAUUCUUGUUCAACUAUCAAGCACCGAGGAUAGUCAACAUGCUGUCCGGCCGACAGCUCUAGUUUAAGCUUACAAAGUGGUUGAUAUAAACUUAAGAGUUUUUAUUAAUAUUAUGCAAUAUUGCAAGAUAAUUUAACCUUCUUCACAUGCAAGGUUUAGAUACAAAUAUAUAAUUCCUGUGUUCAUUAACUUUAUUGACAUUGUAGCUAAGCUUGUUUUUAUGAUACAUGGUUGCUUAGCACAACGAUUAUUUCCAUAUCAAACACAAAUCUUGCUAAUACAAAUUAAUGGCCCUAAAAAUUACAUGUUUUCUCUGGAUUUGAUAUUAAAUCUUCCUUCUAGAUUGUAUGAGUUUCUAUUACUAUAGUAGGUCAGAUUUUCAUGUUCCCAUGUCAGAUGCAAUAUCUAUAAUCAAUUAAGGAAGAAUUAUAUAUGACAUACUCUGUAUGUGAACCUGGUAUUCCAUUUAACCAAAUAUAUGAUAGUUGACUAUCUUAAAACUAAUGAAAAGGUAUAAGGAAGGCACUGUUUUAGUAAAAAUUAUGUAGAUUUUCCGGUGACAUUUUCAUAUACAGUAUUUUGAAAUAUUACAUCCCUACAAAAUGUACUAUUUGAAAUGUUGCAAAUCUUUUGAGUUGUUGCAUUCUAAUAUUGCUUUAAAAACAAAUAAAUGCACAAAACACAUGAAUUAGAGAUGAUCUUGAACUACAUUGUAUGAGAAUGUAAUAUUUGGGGGCUAUGUUUACCUUUGAGUGACACUUUUAUUUUGUUUUUGUUGUAUUUUUGUGUAGACAUUUAUUUUUUUUUUUGUAUUUUUGUGUAGACAUUAUUGGUGUGAUGUUUCUAUCUGUUACUCUAUCUACCUGCUUACAUCUUUGUAUAGUUCAUCUUCUCUAUGUUGUCUUUCCUUCUUUAUUCUUCUUCAUCUUAAAUCCAUCAAGUUUUAUUACCGUUCACAUAUUUACUUACAUUAGCAAUUAAUGUAUAAUAAGCAUACCUGCCAUAACACAUUUAAAGGCCCAUUAUGCCUCAGAAAUGUUUUUAUUUUUAUU